AUUUCACUGGCAAGCGUUUCCUCAUAGCAUAUUUAAACUCGUAUCACCGUGGACGGGCGAAUAACGGAUUGCGGUCUUCUGAAAAUCUCGACAUCAUCACCAUCGACAAAAAACAUCACAGGCGAACAACUCAGCGCGUCAAGUCGCGUUAAGAACGCUCGGGUGUUUGUUUACAUUCCGCCUUCGGAGAAUCCGUUUACAUUGCUCUCUCUCUCUCUUUAUCUCUCGGAAUGCCUUUGUGACGUCAUGGAGGUAGACGUUCUCUUUGGAGUUUUAAAAUGAACACCUGUUAUGUUUAAAAUGGCAUGCUCGUUGCGCAAAAAGAAAAAAAGAGAGGCGACGUUUUAAAUUCAUGCGGACAUAGCCUAUACUGAAGCUUUCUAAUCUCCGGCAGCACAACUAAAGCCGUUUAGGGAUCCAUUUAGUGAUAAGCCCGACUGUUGCUGUCUGCACUAGAGGGAACAUGGAUGGUGAGGAAUUUGCAAUGACGAGAGCGAUGAUGACGAUGAGUGGACUCGUAUGGCUGCUCUGCUCCCGUGGAAACUAGAAGACACUAUCAUCCAGCUUGCUAUUAAUAUUUUCUUUAGGAUUUUUUCCAGUGAGAAUCAUAUCCAUAUCCCUGCGCAAACAUGGGCAAAGAUGAAUGCAAGACCAUGUUGGACGCUCUGAACAAAGUAACAGCUUGCUACAGGCAUCUUGUAAUUGCUUUGGGGAGCACAUCCGACUCCCAAAACCUGCGUGAGGAACUUAAAAAGACCCGAAAGAAAGCCCAGGAGCUAGCAGUGGCCAACAGGACUAAACUGACGGCUCUUCUGAAGGACAAAAGCAUCAGCAAAGAUGACCGUGCAGAAUACGAGCGCUUCUGGGUGCUCUUCACCAGCAGCAUGGAUCUCCUGGAGGUGGACAUGAAGCGAUCCUUAGAGAUCGGCCAGGAUUUCCCUCUCAAAGUGCCAACGAGACACCUCAUCCAAACGGGAAUGACCGGCAGCACCACCACCGUGGCUGCUCGAGCCAUGAGCGUCCAGAACAUGAAGUACGAAGCCGAUGCCAACAUCGACACGGUGGACCUCAAAGAGCUGGAGACCGAGAUCGCUCAGGUGGACCAGAUGAUGGAGGAGAUGGAGAUGAAGGUCCAGGUGGCGCCGUGGGCAGUCGAGGCGAAACAGGAGGCGGGAGCCGAGUUGAAAUCCACCGUCAGUGUUGGGAAUUCAUCAGUUGGUGUCAUCUCGAUCUGCGAGGAGGAACCCAAAGAAACGGUGGAAGGAGAAAGUGGGCUGAUGAGAGCAUUAGCGGGGAUCAUUUUCACUGCUGUUUUACUCAUAGCUGGAAUUCUGGGGUACCUGGUGAUUAAUUUAUAAUGUAUAGCCUAUAGUUUGGCAUGUGGAUGACAGUGGCUCGAGGGCUUUAGAUCUUCUUAUGGAGGAAGCAACACGUUGCCAGGCCUGUCAAUUUGGGGAGGCAGUUUGUGUUGCUCUUGAUGUGGAGAUAAACAGAUCGCCUGGCCCUGGGUAUUAGUAAAAUGCAUCAGUGUUUAAAGGGAAUAGCCAAAAGGAAUAAAAACUCUUCUAGUGGGACUGCUUCCUCAGCCCCUGAAGGUUAAACAAAAAAAACUGAACAGAGUACAAUCAGAAGUGGGAUUGUCUCAGAAAGGGUUUUUUUUCAAGCUAAAAUUUGAAUUUUAAAUGAAUUGUCACUUUGGCUUAUCAGUAACUGGCCGUUUCAUUGCUCUGCAAAGACCUUCAAGUUAAGAUUACAACUUUUUUGACCCUCUGACCAAGCAUCAGUGGGCUGUGCAUAUUUAACAUGUAUUUGUUUCACUGUUUAUAUAGGUUUCAUAAUAAGGUUGCUCAUUGUGUUUCUGACCUCCCCAGGAUUCUUGUUAAGGGAUGGUUCAUCCAAAAAUGAAAAUUCUGUCAUUUACUCACCCUCAAUUUAUUCAGCUGAACUUAAAGGAAGAUAUUUUGACAAAUGUUUGUAACCAAACCGUUCUGCGCCACUAUUGACUUUCAUUAUAUUUUUUCCCCCCCCUGUUUGGUUCCAGACAUUCUUCAAAAUACUUCUUUUGUGUUCAGCUGAACAAAGAAAUUCAUACAGGUUUGGAACUACCUGAGAGUGAGUAAAUAAUGACAAUGUCUCUGAAAAUGGCCCAUCACUGAAUGUGCACUCUUGAAAUACGGGCCUUAGGUGUGUUCUGAAAUAUGAACUGUACUCAUGUUAAAUUAGUGUACAUAAAAUAUAUUUAUUAUAAUAAAUGAAGUAAAUUAUG